AUGGACACGCUGGCCGGGGACGCGCUCGGGGCGGGCUCCGUGCCCGCGAACGAGCUGCGUCAGGUGAAGCAGCUCCUGUGGACCGUCAUAGCGGAGAAACUAAACCCGGCGGAGGUCGAUGAGGUUCGCCGAGCGCUGGGAUCGAGCGCCAUAGAUGAAAACGAUCAGCUGAUGAUGGAGGCUGACGCGCUCGCCGAGAUCAUCGGAGACGUCAGGCAGCGCACCGACGCCACCGCGCACGCGAGGCGACUCUACGACAACCCGAGACGAGCUCUCAUCGAGGGGGAGCUCAGGCUGCUCGUGCAGAGCAUCAAGCGGUGCGCGUCGGGGGACUACGCCGAGGCGAGCGGCAGGCCCGGGAGCACCGGGAGCGCGUCGUCGCAGGAGAGGGAGAUACGGUGGCAGGACAUCGGCAGCGGCACCGCGAACGAUCCGAUGGUGGAGGCUCGGAGGGAGGAACGCGAGCGAGGAUUGCGAACGGCGGAUCCGGCGGCGGCGAAGCGGGCGGAGAGGCUCAUGGCGGGCGACUCGAGGGAGCGGAAGAUGCUGGACUACGUCACGGGCGUCGCGGAUGCCGCGGCGAUCAGGGCCGGCACGCCGAGGACGCCGCCGUCGAGACCCGCGAGCUCAUCCGUCUCCAGGCCGGGCACGGGCGCGUCCGCGGGGUCGGGGGGCUCGAGCGGGUCGGCGCUCGGUAAUCCCGUCGCCGCGGUGGAGCAGUUCGGGGGCAAGAUCAACGCGUUCGACGUGGACAAGGUUGCCGUGCCGCUCAAGGAGCUGCUCGCGGAGGAGAGGGCGGCGCUGUUGGACGACGUGGAGUACCUCCAGACGUGCCUGGAGGACGAGGCCGAUCGAGGUAAGAGGGUGGAGGCGCCAGCGCCGGAGGUUGAGGAGCUCACCGCGUACGGGGAUAAGCUCAGGGAGGUGUGGGAGGGAGAAAAGGAACGCGCGGAGCACAUAGUCAAGGUGGAGCGGAUGUUCGACCAGCCCUCGGUGAAGGGUCGGGUGGGAAAGCUGAGGUCGAUGGCGGCGACGCUCUCCGAGGAUGCAAACGGCGACGGGGUUGACUUAGGCGACGACACGAGCGCCAGGGUGGACCGCCUGGUCAUCGGGGGACCGACGACGAAGCCCGCUCUGAAUCCUGUGCCUCCGUCGGGUGCGCCGCCGCUGGUUCCAAGACCCCCGGGCGCACCGCCGCGGGGAGGUCGGCCCAGUAGACCCAUGGCUGGAAGGAAAUAG